AUGCCAUAUCAUAUAUCAUAUACCUAUCAACGAUCUCAUUAUCUAUGCAUCACUGUUUCCUUAUCUAUCUAUCUAUCUAUCUAUCUAUCUAUCUAUCUAUCUAUCUAUCAUUUCAUCAUUUAUCUACCUAUAUAUCAACCAUUUCAUUAUCUAUAUAUCAAUAAUCGAUUUCAUUAUAUCUCUAUCAAUCAAACACUUCAUUAUCUAUCUAUCUAUCUAUCUAUCUAUCUAUCUAUCUAUCUAUCAUACAGCCAUUUCAUUAUCUAUCUACCUAUAUAUCUAGCGGCCAGUUUAUUAUCUAUCUAUCUAUAUAUCUAUGUAUAUAUCUAUCUAUCAUGCAGCCAUUUUAUUAUCUAUCUACCUAUCUAUCUAGCGGCCAGUUUAUUAUCUAUCUAUCUAUCUAUCUAUCUAUCAUGCAUCCAUUUCAUUAUCUAUCUACCUAUCUAUCUAGCGGCCAGUUUAUUAUCUAUCUAUCUAUCUAUCUAUCUAUCUAUCUAUCUAUCAUGCAGCCAUUUCAUUAUCUAUCUGACUAUCUAG